AUGAAAAACUCCGUGUUCAUUUUCUAUAAUUUUAUAUAUUUAAUGAGUGCAUUUUUUUACAAAUGUUAUUUGAUACCAAAUAAAAAUGUACUUUAUAUAAAUACAAUAAAUGUUAAAAUAUACAGAAAUGUAUAUUCAGAAAGUUUUCUUGCAUAUUCCAAAGAUAUAUUUAAUUCUUUGAAAAGAAAAAAAAAAAAUCAUAAUGAUACGCAAAUACAUUUAGUAAAAGAAUCAAAAUUAAAAAAAUUAGAUGAAAAAGAAAAAACAAAUAAAAAAAAGGAAGAAGUUAAUACACAAAAUAAAGACCAAAACAUAAACUCAAUAAAAAAAAAAAAAAAAAAAAAAUCAAAAAGAGAAAAGAAAAUAGAAAAAGAUCAAUAUAAAUCGUUACUGAGCUAUAUCAAGAAAAAUGAAAUAAAAAAAGAUAAUAACAUUUCAGAUGAUUUAAAGGAUGAACAUUUUUAUUUUCUGAAAUACUUCAAGUUGCAAGAUAAUUCAUUAACUAGUGAACUAAAUCCAGAACAAAGCAAAGAAAUUAUAAACAGUAAUAAUUUUAAAAAGUUAAUGAUAGAGUUAAAUUUAAAAGAAGAUGAAAUAUUAAGAAUGUUAAAUAAAAGUGAGAAGGAUGUUUCUCACUUAAUAAAUAAAAACUUAACCAUAGAAGAAAUAGAAAAAAAAGCAAAAAAUGAAGAUUUGCAAAAUGAAAAAUUAUUUGGCACUUUCAUGGAUAAUAAUAAUUCCAAAAUAGGAAAUCUUAUUAAUUUUAAAAAAAUUGGAAAAAAAUAUAAGGAUGUAAUUAGAGAAGUAAUAAUUCUUUUCUUAAAUAAAAAAAAAAAUUUUAUAGUUAUGAUGAAUAAUAUAGAAAAUGAUAAUGAAAUUAAGAAUUAUAUUUGUGUUUUAAAGGAAAACAUUUUAUUUAAAGAUUUUAAUGAUGAAAUAUUAACAGAAAUAGCAAAAAAGUCUAUUUUAAUAGGAUAUUUAAAUCAAAAAUUUUCAAAUGAUAAUAAAAAUUUUGAAUGGAAUAGAAACUUAGAAAAAUGUAUUUCUUUAUCUAUAAAUAAUAACAAUUUUAAAGUAAAAGAAAUUAUAUAUUAUAAUAAUAGCAUAAACAUAAAUAUAGAAAGUAUGAAAAGAACUGAUAUAGAUUCGAGCGAAUAUGAUGAAAUUGAAAAUUACAUAAGAAAUUCUAUUGAAGCAUAUGAGAAAAUGAAUGAUUUAGAUAUUCUUUCAUAUUUUAAUAUUCUUAUCUCAAUAAAUUAA